AUGACUUCUUCGAGCUCCCUUGGGAGUUCAAUGACUUCUUCGAGCUCCCUUGGGAGUUCAAUUCCGGCUCCAGAGGUCGUUCAAGUUCUCGUAUCAUCGCUCGCUGAUGAAUCUCCCAUGGUGCGGGAAGCCAUGGAGGCUUCCCUGAAAGAAAUUUCUCCACUGAAUCCUCUUCUAGUGCUGGACUGUUGCUCCGUUGUUUCUCGAGGCGGCCGUCGGAGAUUUGGUAAUAUGGCUGGAGUUUUUCAAGUAAUGGCAUUUGGAGUUCGAGCUUUAGAUAAAAAUGACAUCGAUGCUUCUUAUAUUUGCAAGCUUGCCAAAAUUGCUACCACUGAGAUUGUCUCCUCCAAGGAACUCAGUGCAGAUUGGCAAAGAGCAGCAACAAGUCUUCUUGUUGCAAUAGGCUUACACCUUCCUGACCUGAUGAUGGAGGAAAUAUUUCUUCAUUUGUCAGGGCCAAGCUCAGCCUUGCCAGCUAUGAUUGAAAUACUUGCAGAUUUCGCUUCUGCUGAUGCUUUGCUGUUCACUCCACGUUUGAAAGGCGUGCUUUCCCGAGUUUUACCUAUUCUUAGAAAUGUUACAGAUGUCCACCGGCCAAUAUUUGCAAAUGCUUUUAAGUGCUGGUGUCAAGCUGUCUGGCAAUGUAAAAUUGAUUUCCCUUCAAAUUCCUUGAUCGAUGGCGAUGUCAUGUCAUUUCUGAAUUCUACUUUUGAACUUCUGUUAAGAGUCUGGGCUGCUUCCCGAGAUCUUAAGGUUCGAGUAUCUUCUGUGGAAGCAUUAGGGCAAAUGGUUGGUCUUAUCACCCGCACGCAAUUAAAGACAGCUUUACCUAGACUUAUCCCUACGAUAUUGGAGUUGUAAGAUUCAAGUU